AUGGGCUUACUGCAAAGAUCGUGUCAAGCUUGCGUCAAAGCCCGACGGCGGUGCAAUCUCGCGAGUCCCUGCUGCGAGAGAUGCUCCACCAAGCGUAUUCCCUGCCGGUACGCCAAUGAGCCAGCCCCUGCACCCAUCGCCAUCAACGAAAAGACACUGAAGAGUAUUGUCAAGUCUCGAAAGCUCAAGGAAGAACAGGAUUCUCAGAGCUUAUCGCGUUUGUUGGCACAUGGUGUUCUGGAUACGAGACUACAGAUCUUCAUUCGACAAGUACUUUCUAAUGAUUCCUAUGAUGGCUCUCGACCUCCAGACCUGGCAAGAUUGAACAGUUCCAGAGUCAUGAGCAGGCCGAUGAACAACGGUCUCCAAAUCUUCAAUCCUCUUCAUCUGGAAAUCGUUCGCGUGUUUGAUCAGACGACACUCCAUCAUCUGUCUGAUAUCCUUCGGAGCUUCCCAAGCCAGUUCGUGGAGCAUGGCAAGACCGCCUUCAUUCACUCUGCACUAUACACUCCCUCACUGCCACCACCACUCGAGGAAGUUCACGAUGUUUGCUAUAGCUAUCACAUCGCCGGCGAUUAUCUCGCCAGCAGCCGCCUCAGUGCCCUCCGCCUCACAAUCAGACGUCUCCUUCGCCUUUCCAAACGGACCAGCACCUUCGCAGACACACUGGCAUACGCACAAGCAAUAAGCCUCGCCCAAAUAAUCCGUCUCCUAGAGUGUAACGACACAAAUGAAGAUGAAAUUGAACGCGACAAUGAAGAAAUGUGGGCUCUGACUCAUACGCUAUGGCAGCAUGCGCCGACUCAACUACCAAGCUCACUAAGUCCCUGGAAAGCAUGGCUAUUCUCUGAGAAUUUCUUUAAGAAGGGGAUAUACGAUGCAUUCACUUUGCGUGGAGGCUCUGCCGUUUGA